UUCAAUUUUGCACGUAGUCAGAUUGAAUCCAAACAACCAUCAUGCACGGCAGUUGACUUUGAACAACCAGACAGAUUUCCAGUCUCUUGUCAUCUUCUACAGCCCCCACCACCUUUCAAUUUCAGCGACUCGGUCUUCCUGGAAGAGAAAGAGAGAGCGAUAAUUCAUGGGGAUUUGUUGGGGUUCUCAAGUUCAAAAUCAUACCCCAAAUACCACUGGAAAUCUUAGUUCAGUGGUAUCUCAGACAACUAGUCAGACAACAUCCUCAACAGUCAGCAACAUCUCGAGGAACAGUCUGUUCUCAGCAGCGAGUGGAGACGAAGCUUAUCCAAAUGGCCAGAUUUUGCCCUCUCCGAACUUGAAGGAGUAUAGCUUGGCAGAGCUCAAAGCUGCAACCAAAAACUUCAGACCUGAGGCAUUGCUUGGCGAGGGAGGUUUUGGGAAGGUUUACAAAGGUUGGCUUGAGGAGAAGGGCUAUGGAAAAAGGGGGAAUCCGAUGGUUAUUGCGGUCAAAAAGUUGAAAUCUGAUAGCAUGCAAGGAAUUGAGGAGUGGCAGUCAGAAGUGGGCUUCUUGGGAAGACUCUCUCACCCAAAUCUAGUGAAGCUGUUGGGUUACUGUUGGGAGGAUCAUCAGUUCCUCCUCGCCUAUGAGUUCAUGCAAAAAGGAAGCUUAGAGAACCAUCUAUUUGGAAGGGGAUCGGCAGUUACACCGCUACAGUGGGAUACUCGGCUUAAGGUCGCCAUAGGUGCUGCCCGAGGUCUGGCCUUCUUGCACACAUCAGACGAGCAAGUAAUUUAUAGAGAUUUCAAGGCUUCUAAUAUUCUGCUUGACGGGUCAUAUACAGCAAAGCUGUCUGACUUCGGCUUGGCUAAAUUGGGUCCAUCAGAAAGUAAAUCUCAUUUGACAACUCGUGUUAUGGGCACUCAUGGUUAUGCUGCCCCGGAGUAUGUUACCACAGGACAUCUGUACGUGAAGAGUGAUGUCUAUGGUUUUGGAGUCGUACUGAUCGAGAUGCUGACCGGUUUACGUGCGCUUGAUGAAAAUCGUCCAACCGGGCAAGAAAACCUGCUGGAUUGGAUAAAACCAUACUUAUCAGAGAGGAGGAGGCUGAAAAAUGUGAUGGACUUUCGCUUGGAAGGAAAAUAUCCAUCCAGAUCUGCAUUCCAAGUGGCUCAGCUAGCUCUCCAAUGCAUCGAACACGAACAGAGAAACCGACCAUCAAUGAAAGAGGUCGUUGAGACAUUGGAACAGAUCGAAGCCACUAACGAGAAACCAACCGAGCCUAGAAACCGUGCGACCCGUGUGGCGUCAAAUCGAAAUGCUCAUCAGCCUCUUCACCACAACUCUCCACUUCACAUGAAGAAAAAUGGAAUCCAUGCUAGUGAAACACCACCCAGGUUGAGAUAAAUUUGGGUGGUUCUGAUUCUCUUAUCACACCCUUAUUUCUUCAUUUUUAUGGUUCUCAUAGAUGUUAGAAUGAAGUUUGUUAACUUUUUGGGUAAUAUGUAAUUAAAUACUACUUAGGCUGUGGAUGAUGAGAAUUAGGACAGGUUCUGAUUGUUACAAUUUACACUGGAUUGUCAAGUUUGAUUGAUCUUUGAAGGCAAUCUGUUCUUAUUUUUCUGAAGUUAGUAAAAACUUGAAUGGUAUCUCUAAAAGAAAGGGGAAAAAAGAGUGAAGCUAUAUGCUCGUUUGUAAUUAGAGAGAAGUGAUAAAUUUUUUUUUAAAUUUUUUUUCC